AUGGCGCCCACGAAAGGGUCGUCUAAAGGCGCCUCUGAUGGAGGUAGCAAGGGCUCCAAGUCUUCCACAGUCUCCGGUGGCUCGCGUGUGAGCAAGCCCAAGAGCAACGUCAAGCGUCCUCCUCCCAAGGAACAGAAGAAUAAGGCACGCACCGAGCAGACAAAUCUCCAGAAGAAGAAGAAGAGAGUCUACACAGAUGCCGAGCUGGAUUUGCCCAAAUUGAACGCUAUCACCCCUGUUGGUGUGGUGAAGCCAAAGGGCAAGAAGAAGGGCAAGGUUUUUGUGGAUGAUCAGGAGGGCAUGAUGACAAUUCUCGCCAUGGUAAAUGCGGAGAAGGAGGGCCAAAUUGAGUCCAAGAUGAUGAAGGCACGCCAAUUGGAGGAAAUCCGGGAAGCAAAGAGAAAGGAGGCCGAGGCCCGCAUGACGGAGAAGAAGGACAAGCUGGAGGCUGUUAAGGAUUCCAUCCGGCAGAAGAAGAAGGCCGCCAAGGGCGAUGACCGAAAGGCUGCGCCCUCAUCGGCCAAGUCCUCCGCCAAGGGAAAGCGGAAGAGUGUUUCAUUUGCUUGA